CCCCGCUCGCUCGAGGAAGCAGCCAAAGAAGCGGUUCCCUUUCCCCUCCCUUCCGCACGCGAACUCCGCGCUCGCAGCCGCCGCUAUUGGAGGAGGCCUUCACCCCGCAGGGAAAGCAGCCUCCUCUCCGGGGUCAGCACAGCCUCCUUCGCAGGGUUCGCUGACGCUGGGCGCGGCCGGCAUGGCAGAGUCGCCGCCGCCGGGACCCCGGCCGCCCCCGGCUGUUACGCGGCAGAUCAGCAGCCCGAGCCCCACGCAGCACACGGCGGCGGGCGCACCCGCGGAACUGCGAGACGCCGCCCAGCGGCGGGUGGUGGAUGCUGCCGGGAAGGAGAUCCCGUUCGGCGCCCUCUACGAGGAGCGGAAGGCGAUCGUGGUGUUCGUGCGGCAUUUCUUGUGUUAUGCUUGUAAGGAAUAUGUUGAGGAUCUGGGCAAAAUUCCCAAGAAAUUUUUACAAGAUGCAGAUAUCAGACUUGUAGUUAUUGGGCAAUCGUCACACCACCAUAUUACACCAUUUUGCAAUUUGACACGUUAUCCUCAUGAAAUGUACGUAGAUCCUGAAAGGGAAAUUUAUAGAAUACUUGGGAUGAAAAGGGGGGAAACUUCCAUUACCCCAGUGCAGAGUCCUCAUGUUAAGUCCAGCUUGCUGUCCGGAAGCAUAAAAAGCAUGUGGAGAGCAAUGGCUAGCCCUGCAUUUGAUUUUCAAGGAGAUCCAGCUCAGCAGGGGGGGACUUUGAUUCUGGGUCCAGGUAAUAAAAUCCACUUUUUGCACCUGGACAAGAACAGGUUGGAUCACGCUCCUAUUAACACUGUUUUGCAGUGCGCCGGAGUUCAAACGGUAGACUUUACCCACAGAUCUCAAAUUAUUGAGGUAUGAGUUGUCAAAGAAGUAAAUGCCAGAUAGCAACUGAAAUGAUACACAGCCAAAAUCUACUCCAAAAAAACACCUGGAAGAGGUUACUAUAACUUUGCAAGUGGAAGAUGAUUUCCAGUGAGUGAGAAAAGGAUUUCAAGCGUAAGCUUUUGUUCCAGGAAGCAAUGUUUAGGCCUUGGGGAUGCAAAUCUAUACCUACUUAUCUGGAAUUAAGCUGCAUUGAACUUCAUAUAGCUUACUUCUUGAGCAGACAUGCAGAAGAUUGUAUUGUAACUAUUGCUUGGCAUAAGUUUUGUUCAAUUCAUGACACUUUGAUGAUUGUUCAGCCUUUUUUUGUUUAUUGGAAAGUGUGGAUAAAAUUCCAUCUUUUUAUCCUUCCCUCUCUGGGAUUUACUAAAAUGGCAUGCUUAUACACCGAUCCAAAUAAAAAUGUAAAUUUCAA